AUGAACGACAAGCUAUCUGAAAAGGAUUUACAAACAUCGUCCGAUUCGAGUGACAUUGGCAGAGAACAUUCCUUUUCGGAUAUUUGCAUCACUCAACCCCGUGGUAGCAGCAACGAUUGGGUAGUGUGUCGUAUUUGCCAAAGUUCAAACGAUGAAAUUAGCAUGAUAUCUCCGUGUCUGUGCAAAGGCUCGAUGAAGUACGUGCAUCUGGAAUGUUUGGAGCUUUGGUUGAACCGUUCCGGACUUACACGAUGUGAACUGUGUUUACAUUCGUUUCAAACGCACGAAACGCUUCGAUAUGGAUGUUGCGAAUCGGUGUUAGUGUGGUACCGAAAUCCGGACAAUCAUAAUCUUUUAAUGUCUGAUCUGCUAAUCUACUCCAUUUUGUCAUUUGUAUGUUUCAUGCUGACACUGGUUUGUAUGCUGGUGUUACGUUUUCAACAAUCGCCCCACGAUCCAUUUGGGGAAGAACUCGCCAAAGUUGCUGUCAUUUGUUUCUUAUCGCUUGUGAUGAUUGCUUAUUCGGUCAAUGUUGUCAUAAUUGCAAGAGAUCACCUGCUUCCUUGGUAUCGUUGGUGGAGAUCUGCCAGAAAUGUGCGGUUAUCCCGAUUAGCAAUAGACACAUUUCCUAUGGAAACUGUUUAG